ACACACACACACACACACACACACACACACACACACGUGUAGUAGGUAUAUUUCCAUGUCCUGGUGGAAGAUUCAUUCAAUUUUGGCGGCUUGGAUGGAGGAGCGCCAAGCCCUGAGUGCCAUGCGGUCGGGGUUUAGGGACUUUGCGCACGAUAUGGUUACCCACGUUGGGGGAGAAGUCAGGAAGUUGAGAGACAACGUGGGAAAGUUCUGCGAAGGUGCCAAAGCGAUAGCCGUUGUAGAGGGCGAGGCCAGACCCCAUAAAGAGUCUGUAAAGCUCAAGUUCCCAGAUGCAUACGGGGGAAAGAAGGAGGAUAACUUUGACAACUGGGAGGCCAGUGUCAACAGUUAUGUGUACUUACAGCAUAUCCUGACAGAGGAGCAAGUCCUCGUAGCCUUCCAGGCCCUCAAAGAUGAAGCGGCUAGUUUUGCCAGAUCCCUUGCGCACGCAGCCGGUUGUGAGAACAACUUGGUUGCAUACUCUAAAGUCAUUUCCCUUCCUCAAUUCUUCAAGCUCCUGAGGGAGCGAUUUGGUGAUCCAACGAGAGGCGUCAGAGCCUCUGACAAGUUACAGACGAUCCACUCGCGUCAGUGGAGGAGUGCGAGAGCACUCAAGGGCGUUAUGGACGACUUGGUAGUCGUCCUAGACCAUGGGGUCACUGAGACCCAAUUGGUCCAAUUGUUUUAUCGUGCCAUGCCCGAGCCCCUGCGUGGGCAUUUCUUUGAGAAGUCUCAAAAGGCCGACUUCACUUACGAUGUGCUGAGUAGAGAAGUGAUCCUGUAUGAGUCAAAGUCCAUGACAAUGUCCACUUUCUGGCACAAGGACUUGGACAAAGGGAAAAGGUGGAAAGGUCGUACCAUCUCAGGCCAAGUAAGGGCCAAGGAUCAUAUGAUCCUUACCUUAGAGGAAGGUGGUCUUGAUGAGGUCCCAUAUAGUCAGAUCGAGUGGGGCCUCGAGGAUGAGGACAGUAGCGUGGGGCAGGGGAGGUCCUAUGCUGCUGUCACGGCUGGAGGGAAGACCCCAACACCUUAUCCCAUUUGGCCUUGUCGUCGGCCUGGGCCUCCACUUCUUGCCUACAGUCCUUCACCUUUGCCACCUCUGCGGUCAGCCUAGUGACUUCCUCCCUCCUUCUCUUCUUCUCCCUCUUCAUUCUCAAUUUCCAUUCCAACUUCUGCUCCUCCUCUCUUUCUCACCGUUCCAUGGGGUCCUCCAUUGCCAUUAGCUCUGUGGCUAACGCCUCUCUCUCAUCCUGAGGCACAUAAGACUCUGCCUCCUCAUCUUCCCCCAAUGAUAAAUUAGCAACCCACUC